GACAGCACCAAGGAAAAGAACCAGGCAUUGCGUUCCCUUGCGGAAUUUGCCAAGAUCAACCACUGGGGUUUCGUAUGCAAAUGAAGAGGGCUUCCCGGAGGCUGGAUCUCCAGCGAUCAUGCUCAGCAGGAAUCCAGCACCAGGGGACCGAGCUGACCUGAGCCUGUCAGGAAACGUAGUCUCCCAGGCUGAUGCUGGAGGAUGGAUGAGACCUGAAACAGAGAACACAUGAGGCUUAAAGGGCUCCGGAAAAGCCUCUUGAGAAGCUGGCGGGCAAAGUCGAUUCGAGCUUGCACACUUGUGGUUUCAGGAACGAAUCGUUUCUCCAUCCCCGAAGAGAGAGAUUCCUUCCCCCCACGGCUGUGAAAAAUAAUGAACUUUUGGAGGUAUUGCCUUUUCGCUUUUACAGUGCUCGGUGUGCUUGCAUUUGUGAUAUUGAACAAUAGCCAGUUAAACCCUCUAAAAAGCUACGAGAAGCUGAACAUUUCCAGUGAAAGGCAUUUUAGAAUGGAUGCCUGCAGUUCGGCCUUAGAAGAGAAGUCUGCCUUUGUGUGGAGGAAGAUCUUAACAUCCUCAGUGGGGAGCAUCCCCUGCAAGGAUUACCUGACCCAGAAUCACUAUAUCAUGAGCCCCCUGUCCAAAGAAGAAGCUGAAUUCCCUUUGGCAUAUGUCCUGGUUAUCCAUAAGGACUUUUAUAUGUUUGAAAGGCUCUUUCGGGCUAUCUACAUGCCUCAAAAUGUCUACUGCGUUCAUGUGGAUGAGAAAGCCCCAGCUAAGUUUAAGGACUCUGUGGAGCAAUUACUAAGUUGUUUCCAAAAUGCAUUUAUUGCUUCAAAGAUCGAGCCCGUGGUCUACGCAGGAAUUUCCAGGCUCCGGGCUGACCUCAACUGUAUGGAGGACCUGAUAGCAUCGGAGGUUCCCUGGAAGUACGUGAUCAACACCUGUGGGCAAGAUUUCCCCCUGAAAACCAACAGGGAAAUAAUUCAGUAUCUGAAAGGAUUUAAAGGGAAAAAUAUAACUCCAGGGGUGCUGCCCCCAGCUCAUGCAAUUAAGCGAACCAAAUUUGUCUACCGAGAGCAUAUAGGCAAGGAUGGCUCUUUUGUGCACAAUACGAAUGUUUUGAAAACUUCACCUCCACAUCAGAUGACUAUCUACUUUGGCACUGCCUACGUGGCCCUUACCAGACAGUUUGUCAACUUUGUCUUCCAUGACAAAAGGGCCAUUGAUCUACUACAAUGGUCAAAAGACACCUAUAGCCCUGAUGAACAUUUCUGGGUAACACUUAAUCGGAUUCCAGAUGUCCCCGGCUCCAUGCCAAAUGCAUCCUGGACCGGAAACCUCAGAGCUAUAAAGUGGAUUGACAUGGAAGAUAAGCACGGAGGCUGCCACGGCCACUACGUACAUGGCAUUUGUAUCUAUGGAAACGGUGACUUAAAGUGGCUGAUUAAUUCACCAAGCCUGUUUGCUAAUAAGUUUGAGCUUAACACGUACCCCCUUACUGUGGAGUGCCUAGAAUUGAGACUUCGAGAAAGAACCUUAAAUCAGAGUGAAAUUGCAAUACAACCUAGCUGGUAUUUUUGAUCUUCUGGAACUCGUGACUGAAGGGAAAUCCCAGCCAGGAAGAAGAGCCAUUUAUUUGUAAGAGACUUUUGUCUUUGUCAUGUUAAAGGAUUCAAGACCAUGGUAAUGGUUUUAGGACCUGGCUACAUAAUUAUACUUUUAAAUUUCCACUGCAUACUGUGAAAUAUGCUAACAGGAUGGUUGUUUAGAGCAAUCAUGGUCCUUUGGCCACUCUGGUGGUUCCCGAAUGCUCCUCUCCACAUUACACUAUUGUGAUCAUAGGAUAAAUUUAACUGUCAUCAGAUCUUUGCACUAGAUAUUCAUCAUAUGAAACGGAAAAUUUUAGAGGAUAUUAUUUAGGAAAAUGUGGAUUGGUUUCUUUGAAGGAGGAAUCUUCCCUCUAUAGCCAUGCAUAAAUAGACAUCACCUUUUGCUUAACCACACAUAGGCAUAGAAACAGCUUUCUGGAUACUCACCGCUUUCCUUUAAAACUUGAGCUACUAGAAUUGGGAAUAGACUUGUUCCUGAGUUUCAACACUAGCAUUUUGAGUUUACCAAGUCUAAAGUUCUAUAUAUAAUAUAAAGUUAUUAACAAGAUACAGGAUGUGCUUUAAAGCACGAGUCAGCCGCCUGCUGCUUCAGUGAAAGGACCUGCCUGGGCAAGAGGACAUUUCUGUUAUAUUCUAGAAUUUGCUCUGAUCCAGCCGCCUGUGUCAUUUCCCACUGAGAACACUAAAGAGUUCUUGCAAGAAGGAAGAUACUCCUUGGAGAGAGGUGCCCUUGCGUGGGAAUGUGGGCUUUGGCCCACCAUCAGCAGGGAUCUAGUCUCAAGUCUCUACACCCCAGAAGGAAUCACUUUUCCUCUUCUGGAACCUCCCCACCAUCACACAGAAAAUACCUUACUUAUAACACAGAGCCCAAAUUCUAUCCUCAAGGCUUUUAGUUAUUCUGUAGUGUCUGAGUAACUCCACGAUGCUGGUGGGAGUGCCUAGACUUCUAAGAGUUUUUGGUUGUGGCUGAGCAUCUCUAGCACUUAUCCCUUCUUCAUUCAUGCAUUCAGCACAUACUCAUUAAAUAUUUCUUGAGUGUCUACGAUGCCCCAGACGUGCUGAGCCAAGGAUGAGAAGUAAGUCUGAAGCUUUGUCAUUCCAAAAAUCUUAGUAAUAAUACUGACAUUGGAAAGCUGUUCCAGAGAAUCUUACAGAGUGCUUGUAUUUUAAGACAUUCAUAGGCAGGCUGGCAGAUAGAGACGUCAGCCCAAGGAGAAAGUAAUUACAAAUGGAGCUUUAAAUCAGAGAUUACUCAAAGGAAAGGGAAGGAGAGAGGAAAACGUACUGUAUUCUAGGCAUUCUGCUAAGCCCUCUGGAUGUCUCAUUCCACUGAAACCUCUCAACAAUCUUGUGAGGUACUCACUGUUACCCUGUUUUGCAGAUGAAGUAACUGAGGCUUAGAGGGGCUAUUAAGCUCUAGGAAACCAAAUUCAUGGAGAAAUGGAAUUCUCCUACUGGUUUUCCCAGUUUGUUUCCUGAGGUAGAAUAUUGAAAUAAAGCCAAACCUGGUAUACCAGAGAAGGGUAAGUUUUGAGAGUGGUCUCAGUGUUAAGAAACAGUCUCAUCACCUCAGAAAAAUAUGAAGUCUACUUUAGUAUUCUUCCAACCAUCAAGUUCCUAAAUAUUAUUUAGGCUAACAAAAAAUAAUUAUCACAACUAAUGAGACAUCUAAUUAACGUAAUUAUGUUGUUUUUCUAUAAUUUUACCUGUUGAAUGUUACUCAUAUUGAAUGUUACUCAUACUUAAAGGGAAUAACUUUGAAGUAAAGAUUUUUUUAGCCUGCUACUGAAAAAGGGGUAAAGGGUUAAGGGGUAGGGAACGCACAGGGGUUAAUAGUGCAAUCUAAAAAUAGCCUCUUUUCAACAUACUUAAUCGACACCACCAGAGAAGAAGCAAUGUUUUACACUGGAUCUUAUGUAGAAAGAGAAAUCUUUCUGGAAUAGAAGCUGUUUACAUGUAAGUUGUUGGUUCUCUCUCCUAUGUCUUAAAUACCUAUAACUUGGGGAGAGUGCAGCGUUUGGGCCAGUGGAUUUCUGCUGGCCUGUGGGCAUGCCCUGAAAACUACUGCAUCUGUCUUUGUUGUCAAUGUCCCUGUUUUGUUUUCUUGGAAAUAAAUUAAUAUAUUGUUUUCCACC